CGGUCGCGGGUUCAGAUAGUUUUCAUUCGACCACAGACGGGUCAUCAUGUCUCGCAGCCUGUGCGCGCUUCUGGCGAUUCUCAUUGUUCACCUGGUUAACGCGGCCCCUCAAAACUUGCCCACAAUCGUUCCGCAAAUCCGCACCAAUGGCUUCCAGCUGGAGCCCCUCAACCAGGAGUACUUUCUCAGAAUCGAACAUCCGGGUGGCACUAUUCGCCAGGAAUCGGUGAAGCAGAAUGAAGCGGGGAACCUGCAAGUUACCGGAGUGAUCAACCAGCCCUUCGAGGAUCAGGGUGCCAAUUUGGUGCUCACCUACGAAGCGGGGCCCAAUGGAUACGUUGCCAAAUACAGCUUUGGCAAGGGUCCGCCCACGCCGCCUCCUCAGACCCCGCUCUUCCUCAGCCCCGCUGCCCUGAAAACCGCAGCUGGUUAGGUUUUUAACUAAUAUAAAUAUAAUUUAGGUAGAAUAAUACUUUACGAGCUUGCCACAACCGCUCUCUACGGAAUUUAUACAACUACUAAUAGAACACUUUGUGACAAUCCUCAAGGAAAACCCAACUGAAAAACACCAUAAAUUAAAUAAUAGUUUAUUAA